AUGUCACCGAGACGUUCUUUUCUGGCACGAAGAAUAAAUCAGUGUUCAUUCACGCUUUCGAAAUCCUUCAAUUUCCUAGAAAAUCAAACAGAUGUUACCAGUAAUAUUAAUGAUGAAAACUGCAAAAAAAAGGAAGAAGAAAAUGGCGAAAACAGGCAUCAGAACGGCGUCGUUGAAGAAUCGGGUCAUAGUGGAUCGGGUUCUCUGAACCCGGUUUCGUGGGCGAAUAUGCUGCCGGAGAUACUGGAAGAAAUUAUACAGAGGGUGGAAGAAAGUGAAGACAAAUGGCCGCAACGUCAACACGUAGUCGCAUGCGGGUGUGUGUGCAAGCGGUGGAGGGAUGUAACCAAAGAGGUGGUGGAGAAGGCCUCUGUUCAUCAAGAUGGCAAUAUCACUUUCCCUCCUUCCCUGAAAAAGCCGGGGCCACGGGAUUCUCCGCAUCAGUGUCUUGUAAAACGAGACAAGAAGAGUGGGACAUUUUACCUUUAUCUUGCACUCUCACCUUCAUUCGUGGACAAAGGAAAGUUUCUCUUAGCCGCACGAAGAUACAGAAAUGGUACUAACACCGAGUACAUUAUCUCACUUGAUGCCAAUGAUUUCUCUCAACGAAGUAAUGCAUAUGUCGGGAAAUUGAGGUCAGAUUUCCUCGGUACUAAUUUCUCAAUCUAUGAUAGCCAACCACCACACGGCGGAGCAAAGCCGUCGAGCAGCAGAUCUGUUCGCCGUGUAGCAAGCAAGCAGAUAAGUCCUCAAGUUCCGGCUGCUAACUUUGAAGUUGGGCAGGUGUGCUAUAAGUUCAAUCUCUUGAAGUCUAGAGGUCCAAGGAGGAUGGUAUGCUCACUUAAGUGCCCGUCUUCGGAUGGAACAACAUCAGUCAACAACUCUGAAUAUGAUUUGAAAAUGAAGAGUCCCGAAUCCUCUGAUCCCUGUUACACCAUUUUGAAAAACAAAGUUCCAAGGUGGCACGAACAGUUGGAGUGUUGGUGCUUGAAUUUUCAUGGUCGGGUCACGGCUGCAUCGGUUAAGAAUUUUCAACUGGUUGCGACUAUGGAUCAAAGUCAACAUGGUGGUAAGGGUGCUGAGGAAACAGUGCUCCUCCAAUUCGGGAAGGUAGGAGAUGAUACUUUCACGAUGGAUUAUAGGCAGCCUUUGUCAGCUUUCCAGGCUUUCGCUAUCUGCUUAACAAGUUUUGGGACAAAACUGGCUUGUGAGUGA